UUGAAGUGAUUGCUGCCAUGGUUGGAAAUUAACAUAAAGGAGGCAAGUGACGAAGGGAUCCACUUGGGGGCAAGCUGGCGAUGCGUCAUAGCUCUUGGUGAAAAGGGGAGACAAAAAAGGACGAAAAUAGCGCCGAACCUGCGGGUUAAUGUGCACCAAUGGCCACGAAGUCACUCGUGGUCUCAGAGCUGAGCGCAAAAGUGCCACAGGUGAUAGGAGGUAUGAGCACAGAGAUGAGAGACUUUGAGCGUCCUAGGAUUUGCAAAUAAGUAACAAAAAAAUCGUUCCAAACAAACUUUGCCAUGUAAGAUUAACGGCCGAAACCUCUGCGCGGUGCAGAAAACCUGCAAUUUCACCACGUCACUUCUCGGGAGAUCAUGAAACAACAUCGGAUGCGGCUGAGGCGAGGGCAAGUUGGGGCAGCUGAAGAAAGCCAUCUUCACGGAUGAAGCAGCCAAGUUCCUCUGCGCCUCUCCCUUUACGCACAGGCGAAGUGAGGAAGGAGAGCAUCACAUCAAUGUAGAGAAAACACCAAUGAGUCGUCCGAGGUGCUGAAAGAUCGGCAGCACACGGGAGAAGCACAACUACAAUUUUGAACCGAAAACCAUCCAAAAAAGAAAAAAAAGAAAAAAAAGCACACCAUGGAUGGGGAAGGGGGAUCCUCCGGGCUGGCUAAAUCGGCUGCCGUAAAACUGUCCGAGAUGGGAGAGAGAACCAAGCAGUUAGGCACCGCGAUGAGGGAUCCUCACCAGCAAAGACGGAUCAUAUUAGUGAUCGUUUGCGUCGCUCUCCUGCUGGACAAUAUGCUCUAUAUGGUAAUCGUGCCAAUUAUUCCAGACUAUCUUGCUGAUCUGGAGAGUGAGCAGUCAGAGCACGUCCACUUAGUGAUACACCCCAACACUUCAGCCAACAGCACAAGCCAAGACAAAAGCAACAAGAACAAUUUAGAUAUCCAAAUAGGAGUACUUUUUGCAUCUAAAGCCAUCCUGCAGCUGUUAGUUAACCCGCUCUCGGGAACUUUCAUAGACCGGGUUGGAUAUGACAUUCCACUUUUAAUUGGACUGACUGUUAUGUUCCUAUCCACCUGCAUAUUCGCUUUUGGGGAGAACUACACGACGCUCUUUGUGGCCAGAAGUUUGCAGGGUCUGGGGUCUGCUUUCGCGGACACCUCUGGGAUCGCGAUGAUAGCUGACAAAUACACGGUGGAGGCAGAGAGAAGCAAAGCGCUGGGUAUCGCUCUGGCGUUUAUCUCUUUCGGGAGUCUGGUGGCACCUCCCUUCGGGGGGGUCCUGUACGAGUUCGCGGGCAAGAGAGUGCCCUUCAUCGUCCUCGCCUGCAUUUGCCUGGUGGAUGGCUUCCUGGUGCUGGCCGUGAUCAAGCCGUUCUCCAACAGGACUAGAGAGAACAUGCCAGUCGGUACCCCCAUAUACAGACUCAUGAUUGACCCGUAUAUAGCUGUGGUGGCCGGGGCGCUGACAGUGUGCAACAUCCCACUGGCUUUUCUAGAGCCCACCAUAGCCAACUGGAUGGAGACCACCAUGCACUCCACUCAGUGGGAAAUGGGACUCACCUGGCUCCCAGCCUUCUUCCCUCACGUCCUCGGUGUGUACAUUACAGUUAAAUUGGCAGCACAGCAUCCAAAUCUGCAGUGGUUCUACGGAGCUUUAGGUAUGGUUAUCAUAGGAGCGAGCUCCUGCACAGUACCCGCAUGCAAAACUUUUGGACAGCUCAUCGCCCCGUUGUGCGGCAUUUGUUUCGGUAUUGCACUUGUAGACACUGCACUGCUGCCGACACUUGCGUUUUUAGUUGACGUGCGUCAUGUCUCUGUGUAUGGUAGUGUUUAUGCUAUAGCAGAUAUUUCCUAUUCUGUUGCAUAUGCUAUGGGUCCCAUAGUAGCCGGGCAGAUAGUGCACAGUCUCGGGUUUGUACAACUAAAUCUGGGUAUGGGUCUCGUCAAUGUGCUUUACGCACCAGCCCUGCUGCUGCUGCGCAACGUGUGCCAAAUGAAGCCGUCCUACUCGGAGAGAGAUAACCUGUUAGACGAGGGUCCGCAGGGGCUCUACGAUACGAUCAAGAUGGAGGAGAGGAGAGCUAAAAAGAAAGGCUACAGUUCGGCAGGGAACUGCCUUCCAGUAGAUGAAAAUGGGUUUGACCCAUUCGGAGCACAGCGGUCCUUAUCAGAAGAGUCGUCCGGUCCAGAGUACACUUAGACCGGUCACACUCUGACCGCCCCCCACCACCGCCCCUGAAACAUUCCCCUGAAAAGAUUUGAGGCAGGCAGACUAUAAUCUAGUGAUUUAAACUUUUAUGUAAGUACCGAUGUGCAAUAUAAACACCCAAUCACCAAAAUCAUGAUUGUGUGACCCGUUUUCCAAAGUUUUUUUUUUUCUUUCUUUCUUCUUGACUGUGAUUUCAUUGUGUCGAACAAGUCUAUGUAGCGUUUGUCAUGGACGUCUAACUGGAGUUUUGUGAGAGAUCUAUCAGCUAAUGUUGAAUUUGUGUGUAUCAAUGAGUAUUGUAAAAAGAUAUAAAUAGAUAAAUGUGCGUACAAGAUUAUAUGGGACCAACUAUAAGCAGCACAUUUCCCCCCCUUACACGAAAAUAGCCUAUAUUUUUAGUCUGAGGAAACUUUUUUUACUUGCACAUCAAAGGCCUCAUUUUCUUGUUUUUGUUGUUUAAAAAAAUCGUAAAAUUUGAUUUUGUAACAAGUGUGUCUGUUUGUUAUUAUUUUUAAUUCAGAUAGGGUAUUUUUUUGUCGUUGUUGUUUGAAAUUAAAUGUAUCAUAAUAAAUGGAUUUUGUACAUAUGUGGAUAUAUGCACAAUGUAAAUUGUUCAAACAUACGUGGACCUCUACAAAGUGUAUGUGUGUAUGUGUGUGUUUGUGUGCGCGCGCGCGUGUACGUAUGAAAUAUUUUGUCAAAACGUAGCCAAUGAAGUCAGUCUCCUUAAGAUGAACAAAUAUGUAUUCAUUUAUCAAUUGUCGUUUUAAUAAAUCUCUGUUUGGAUCUGUG